GUGACUUCUACCCGGUAGCUUGCUUCAUCACCCGGGAGGAAGUUCUUCGAAGAUCGAGAGGCGCCCGACGCGGAGAUAACCUCGCCCGAAAAGAAGACUUUAGAGCGGGAUAAAACUGACCAUGGACCCCAACACGCCGCCACAGACAGCAGACAAAGAGGCUUCCGGACCAGAGGAGGAGACCCCGAAGCCCGCGGUCCAGGCGGCCAGCCGUCUGCCCGAAAUCCGCCUGGUGGUGCUGGGAUGGCGCUGGCCGGGGAAGAGCCUGACGGCCAACACCAUCCUGGGCAGGGAGGAGUUCCACCUGGAGCGAGCCGCCGAGUUCUGCGUCACCAGGGAGACGGAGGUGGAGGGGCGCCAGGUGGUGGUGGUGGACACCCCCGGCUGGUUCUCCUCCCAGGACACGCCCGCCUCCUAUAAGCAGGAGCUGGUCAGGGGCGCCUCCCUCUGCCCCCCGGGCCCCCACGCCUUCCUGCUCAUCAUCCCCGUGGGCAUGUUCACCGAGGGGGACCGCGCGCGCGUCGAGGAGCACGUCAGCCUCUUCGGGGAGCAGGUGUGGUCGCACACGAUCGUGGUGUUCACCUGGGCGGAGGUGCUGCGGAAGAUCUCCAUCGAGAGGUACAUCCACAGGGAGGGCAAGGAGCUGCAGUGGGUGCUGCGCAAGUGCAAGAAGCGCUUCUUCGUCGUCAACAACUCCAUAUUCGGGGAGAACCCCCAGGUGGGACAGCUGAUGAAGAAGGUGGAGAGGCUGGUGGCGGAGGAGGGGGGCCACUACACGUUGGAGGAGGCGAAGGAGAAGCCUCUGGACCACAACCAGAACCCAACCAGGUCGGCGGAGGAGCUGGGAGCCCGGCCCAAACAGAACUCUGGACUUGACCUCUCAAAGAGCCUGGAGGCAGAGCAGCCCUGCAAUUAACGAGACCCCGCGUCCCGAUGGUCCUUCGUCCGACUGAGGCGCAUGUACGGAAAGGCAGACAACUGUAAAAUACAAGAAAUGUUACUGAAUGUAGAGAAACGGACGAAUAUAUAAAGCGAGAAUCAGACAUGUUACUAUGUACUUGAGGCCUUUUUAAACGCGUUGUCCAAAGAUGAUGAUUAUUUUUUUAUCCUGUUAUUGUAUUCGGAUGAACUUGUGGCGUGUGUUGCUUGAGGAGGAGAGGCGGCGUCGUCAUGGUGCAACUCGGCACUCCUCAGAGAUGACGGACACUGACGACAUGACCGCACUACGAAACUGUCACCGGCAUUUACUGUUUAUAAGCACAUGGAUUUUAUUUUAUUCUUUUUCACACGAUUCCCUUUUGUUGUGACCAAACUGUGACUGGUUUAGUCGUGCUGCGAGGUUUCUUCCACUCACCUGUGUAAAGCUGGAAAGCACUACAGCAGUCAUUGACUUGUCUCUGCUGAUGUUUAUAGUAAAUUAUAACAGAGGGAAUUUUUUAUUUUUAUUUUUGGGGGGGGUGGAGCUGCCUUUACAUCCUCUGUAACCUGCCUAGGAUGCUAAUAAUUGCUAAAUUUAGCGUUACUGGUUAAUCUGCGCUGGUUUUCUUUCUGUUGUUGUUGUGCUGUCCUAAAUGAACUGUACCUCCUGACAAUAAACAAGAAUAAGGUAUC